CUCGCCGCCCCCCGAGCCCUCGCAGUCUUGGCGACGCCGCCGGCUCGCCCGAUCCUGAGGAGAAGAUGGUGGAGCCAGGACAAGACUUGUUGCUUGCUGCUUUGAGUGAAAGUGGAAUUAGUCCAAAUGAUCUUUUUGAUAUUGAUAGUGGAGACCCAGGCCUUGCAGCUCCAACAACACCCACUCCGCCUGUUCAGCAGCCACAACCACCAUCUACUACAACUUUUGUGCUGAAUCAAAUAAAUCAGCUUCCAACUUUGGGAACCACAAUUGUGAUGACUAAAACCACACCAGUAACAACUACAAGGCAAACCAUAACUUUAACAAAGAUUAUCCAGACUAGCACAAAUACACGACCUUCGGUUUCAGCACCAGCAGUCCGUAAUGCCUUGACCACCACACCUUCCAAGGACCAGAUCCAGCUGAAAGAUCUGCUGAAAAAUAAUAGUCUUAAUGAACUCAUGAAACUGCAGCCGCCUGCUAACAUCGCUCAGCCAGUGGCGACGGCAGCCACUGAUGUCAGCAAUGGAACAGUCAAGAAAGAAGCUUCUAAUAAAGAAGUUGCACGAAUAUGGAUAAAUGAUAUCAAAAUGAGAAGUUUUUCGCCCACUAUGAAGGUACCAGUGGUUAAAGAUGAAGAAGAACCAGAGGAAGAAGAUGAAGAAGAAAUGGGCCAUGCAGAAACCUAUGCAGAGUAUAUGCCAAUAAAAUUAAAAAUUGGCCUCAGACAUCCUGAUGCGGUAGUGGAAACUAGCUCUUUAUCAAGUGUCACACCGCCUGAUGUUUGGUAUAAAACAUCUAUAUCUGAAGAAAGUAUUGAUAAUGGCUGGUUGUCAGCAUUACAGCUUGAAGCUAUCACAUAUGCAGCCCAGCAACAUGAAACUUUUCUACCUAAUGGAGAUCGAGCUGGAUUCUUGAUAGGUGAUGGUGCAGGUGUAGGAAAAGGGAGAACUAUAGCUGGAAUAAUUUAUGAGAAUUACCUAUUGAGUAGAAAAAGAGCAUUAUGGUUUAGUGUAUCAAAUGAUUUAAAAUAUGAUGCCGAAAGAGAUUUGAGGGACAUUGGAGCAAAAAACAUUUCGGUUCAUUCAUUAAACAAGUUUAAAUACGGAAAAAUUUCUUCCAAACAUAAUGGGAGUGUAAAAAAGGGCGUUAUUUUUGCCACCUAUUCUUCUCUCAUUGGUGAAAGUCAGUCUGGUGGCAAAUACAAAACAAGAUUAAAGCAGCUUCUGCAUUGGUGCAGUGAUGACUUUGAUGGAGUGAUAGUAUUUGAUGAAUGCCACAAAGCUAAGAACUUAUGUCCUGUUGGUUCUUCCAAACCAACCAAGACAGGCUUAGCUGUAUUAGAGCUGCAGAACAAACUGCCACGAGCCAGAGUGGUUUACGCCAGUGCCACAGGGGCUUCUGAACCGAGGAACAUGGCCUAUAUGAACCGGCUUGGAAUAUGGGGUGAGGGAACCCCAUUUAGAGAAUUCAGCGAUUUCAUUCAAGCUGUAGAGCGAAGAGGUGUUGGUGCUAUGGAAAUAGUUGCUAUGGAUAUGAAGCUGAGAGGCAUGUACAUCGCCAGGCAGUUGAGCUUUACUGGUGUGACCUUCAAAAUUGAAGAAGUUCUCCUUUCCCAGAGCUAUGUUAGAAUGUAUAAUAAAGCAGUAAAACUGUGGGUAAAUGCUAGAGAGAGAUUUCAGCAAGCUGCUGAUCUUAUAGAUGCAGAGCAACGAAUGAAGAAAUCCAUGUGGGGGCAGUUCUGGUCCGCUCAUCAGAGGUUUUUCAAAUACCUGUGUAUAGCAUCCAAAGUUAAGCGAGUUGUGCAGCUAGCUCGAGAAGAAAUCAAGAACGGAAAAUGUGUUGUCAUUGGUCUGCAGUCAACAGGAGAAGCUCGAACUUUAGAAGCCUUGGAAGAGGGUGGAGGAGAAUUAAACGACUUUGUGUCAACAGCCAAAGGGGUAUUACAAUCACUCAUUGAAAAACACUUUCCAGCUCCAGACAGAAAGAAACUCUUUAGUUUGCUCGGAAUUGAUUUGACUGCUCAGAGUAACAACAGCUCCCCCAGAGAUAGUCCUUGUAAGGAGAAUAAAAUAAAGAAACGGAAAGGGGAAGAAAUUAGCAGAGAGGCCAAAAAAGCACGGAAAGUUGGUGGCCUUACUGGAAGCAGUUCUGAUGAUAGUGGAAGUGAAUCUGAUGCGUCUGAUAAUGAAGAAACUGACUAUGAGAGCUCAAAAAACAUGAGUUCUGGAGAUGAUGAUGAUUUCAACCCAUUUCGGGAUGAAUCUAGUGAAGAUGAUGAAGAUGAUCCUUGGUUAAUCAGAAAAGACCACAAGAAAAGCAAAGAGAAAAAAAAGAAAAAAAGUAUUGAUCCAGAUUCUAUUCAAAGUGCCUUAUUAGCGUCAGGUUUGGGAUCAAAACGACCAAGUUUUUCUUCUGCGUCUCUUGUCACUACUCCUAAUAAUACACAAGCUAAUAAUAAUAGUAACAGCAACAGCCUUGUAACAAGUCAGGAUGCUGUUGAAAGAGCCCAGCAGAUGAAGAAAGAUUUGCUGGACAAAUUGGAAAAAUUAGCUGAAGAUCUUCCUCCUAAUACACUGGAUGAACUUAUUGAUGAGCUGGGUGGCCCAGAGAAUGUGGCUGAGAUGACUGGCCGAAAGGGGAGAGUAGUAAGCAAUGAUGAUGGAAGCAUAUCUUACGAGUCGAGGUCUGAAGCUGACGUGCCAGUGGAAAUUCUAAACAUCACAGAAAAGCAGAGAUUCAUGGAUGGGAAUAAGAAUAUUGCCAUUAUCUCAGAAGCUGCCAGCUCCGGUAUUUCAUUACAAGCAGAUCGUCGAGCUAAAAAUCAAAGGCGGAGAGUACAUAUGACUUUGGAAUUGCCUUGGAGUGCCGAUAGAGCAAUUCAGCAGUUUGGACGAACUCAUAGAUCAAACCAAGUUACUGCUCCAGAAUAUGUAUUUCUAAUUUCUGAAUUGGCUGGAGAGCAAAGAUUUGCAUCCAUAGUUGCUAAAAGACUGGAGAGUUUGGGGGCGCUCACACAUGGUGACCGAAGAGCAACAGAAUCUCGAGAUUUGAGCAGGUUCAAUUUUGAUAACAAGUAUGGGAGAAAUGCUUUGGAAAUUGUUAUGAAAUCUAUUGUGAACCUAGAUUCCCCGAUGGUCUCACCACCUCCUGACUAUCCAGGAGAAUUCUUCAAAGAUGUCCGACAAGGAUUAAUAGGUGUGGGCCUUAUAAAUGUGGAAGACCGCUCUGGAAUUUUGACUCUUGAUAAAGAUUACAAUAACAUAGGAAAAUUCUUAAAUCGUAUUUUGGGUAUGGAGGUGCACCAGCAGAAUGCUUUGUUUCAGUAUUUUUCAGACACACUUAAUGCAGUCAUACAAAAUGCCAAAAAAAAUGGUAGAUAUGAUAUGGGUAUUUUAGAUCUUGGUUCUGGAGAUGAGAAGGUGCGGAAAACAGAUGCUAAGAAAUUUCUAACACCAGGCUAUUCAACGUCAGGCCAUGUUGAACUGUACACAAUCAGUGUAGAGAGAGGAAUGUCUUGGGAAGAAGCAACCAAGAUUUGGGCGGAACAGACAGGCCCAGAUGAUGGCUUUUAUUUAUCGCUGCAAAUAAGAAAUAACAAGAAAACUGCCAUCUUGGUGAAAGAAGUGAAUCCCAAAAAGAAGCUUUUCCUAGUUUAUAGACCAAAUACUGGGAAACAGCUUAAAUUAGAGACUUUGGCCGAUCUGAAAAAGAAGUAUAAGAAGGUGGCUUCAGAUGAUGCCCUGGUUCACUGGCUAGAUCAGUAUAAUUCAUCUGCAGAUACAUGUACUCAUGCAUAUUGGAGAGGCAAUUGCAAAAAAGCAAGCUUGGGAUUGGUUUGUGAAAUAGGUCUUCGAUGCCGAACGUAUUAUGUUUUAUGUGGUUCAGUACUGAGUGUUUGGACAAAAGUUGAGGGAGUUCUAGCAUCUGUCAGCGGCACAAAUGUGAAGAUGCAGAUAGUUCGGCUACGAACAGAGGAUGGACAGCGGAUUGUGGGUUUGAUCAUUCCUGCAAAUUGUGUCUCUCCCCUUGUAAAUCUUCUGUCGACAUCCGACCAGUCCCAGCAGCUCGCAGUCCAGCAGAAGCAGAUAUGGCAGCAGCAUCACCCACAGAGCAUCACCAAUUUGAACAACUUGUAAAAGGAUAGACUGCAGGUUUUGACAUGGGUGUUUCUGGAAAAGCUAUCCAAGCAUAUCAUUUGCAUAAAUAUCAGGGACAGAUUCCAAAGAAUUUUUUCAGUUGCGCUUUCUCUGGUAAUAUUUUGGGAAUGAGGAGGUACCUGGAAAAGAUGGCCAAACUGAGACUCAGCGAUGCUGAUGGUGGUGCAAAUGUCCUUCCCUACGUAGGCUUUUCCUCUAGUACUUAACUUCCCAUUUGCUUUGACUUUGGGCAAGCAGGGGUGUCUUUUUUUUUUUUUUUAAUUUCUUAAACUAAGACCACAGUUUGUGCAAAAAUGUGUGGAAUUUUCCAAACUGGCUUUACCUUGAUUUUGUCCUUCAGCGCUCAGGGUUUACGCAGGACAUCCAUGCCGUGGCUGGGCAAGACCUCCGAGGAUGCAUGUCUUUGAGUCUCUAAAUAGAGAAAAUCUGUUUUGGUUUUUCUUUUCAACAUGUAAAACAGGUUUAGAACUAAGCAUGAAAUGGAAAUGGUUGCACAUCAUGCAUUCGGGUUCUUUCCCAGUUUUUGUUCUGACAGUGCAUGUCUUUGAAAGCAUGCUGUAAGAUCCCACCAAAGUCAGGGCGAAGAGGAACACACCUGUACAGACAGCUCUGUGGGGUGCAUUUGUAUAGGGUUUAUACCCCUCCUUCUCUGAGGCAGUGAGUCCACCACACGUAUGCCCUUCUUUGUGAUAAAAUUCUUAAAUUCAAAAUUAGUUCAUUUUAAUGUAUUAAUAAUAUUCCUAAUGUGCUGCAAAAAAAAACAAAAACAAAAACAAAAAAACCGGCUCAAAGCCUGUUUUUCUCAAGGUGGCAUUUUUCCUUAAUUGGAGAUGGUUAUGGAAACUAAGUGCAAAUUGACCUCUAUCUUGCAAAACAAUCCUCUUAUUUUUUACUUCAUUAACGUAAUUUAAUUUGUCACUUGUAAGAUGAAACCUUACUUGAGCUGUAAACUAGACAAUGGGGAAAACACUUGAGGCUUCUGCUGUAUGUGCUCUUUGUUACCCAGUAACUUGAAUACUGUUUAAUAUGUUGUAAGACAUUUGUAGAGUUUAUCUGGAGCUGUUUAAAAUGGUAAUGUACAAAUGUGAAUAGUCACUUAUCUAUAAUAUGGGUAAGUUUUGUUUUGCCUAUAAUAGUAAAUGUUUAUAACAAGUGAGGGACAAUGUUUGUCUAUUUUUUUUUUUUUUUUUUUGCUUGCACAGGUUGCACUAUUGAAAACUUUUGAGAUUGUAUAAACCUGUCCAGAAAGCUGCAAGACACCAAAAUCUUGUAGAUGUCAAAUAAAAGUUAUUGUACUAACAAGAAGUGGACUCUUGCUUAGGCAGUCAUCCCCUUUAGCAACAGUUUCACUUUGGGCAUCCUACAGAAAUAUGUGUUGCCUCAGCACUCUGUGUAGCUUUCUGUUCCAGUGUAAGUAAGCUCUUCCUGCCAUAAGGCAGUGGUAGGUGGUAGCACUGACCCAUACAUGGACAAGGUCAGUUUCCACAUUGUUUCUUUUAGUCUUCUGGGAUUGACCUGGAAGUGGAGAAUUUCUCUCUCAGUAUAGUUAGGUGCUUCCUGGUGGAAAUUGAGUGCAACCGUCUCUUAUGGUGCCUGGUGUAUUUUCUUUAAGCAUAUACUUGGUUACUUGGACAUUUCAUCUGAGUUUACUUAACAUGGUAUUAAAUUGAGAAAAAGAAUCUGUCCUCUCUUUUUUGCUCACUUAUCUGGUUGAAGGAGUCUUUUCAUUCAAGUGAUCUCCUCUUAGAGUACAAGGACUAUGCUUCUGCCUCUAGUUAGACAGCAAAAAAUAUGGUCGCCCCACAGGGUGUGAGUACAGGGCACAUGGUUGGGGCCCCAGGGUGAUUGCACUUAGAGAUUCUGAAGUCAAACAACCCCUUCCAGUGGAAAGAUGUUGUGAGGAAGUAGAUUCCCAAACGUCUUUGCUUUUUGGUGGUGUUUGUAAGUAGAUUGUGUUUUCCUUUAAAGAAGCACUAGGCAAGUCCUUCAGCCUGCAGUUAAAUGACACUAUAGUUAAUAUAUUGAUAUUUACUCUUGGGGUAGAUAAGUGCUGCAAGGGGACAUGAUUUGUAUAGUGUUUUGAUUUCUCUGUAGAAUUGGGCGUGCGUAUAUACAUACAUACAUGCGUGUAUAUACAUGUGUGUGUGUGUCUUUAUAGUGUCUUAAUGUGUGUGUACACACACACACAUUUUAAAUGACCAAAAUUGUCCCUGAAAAUGUCAGAGUAGUGGGUAUAAGAUGGCCUGACGUUAAGUGAUGCUGGAGGUUCUGUAUUGGAACCCUUCUCAGUGUGGAAGCAUGCAAAACAGAAAACCUUGAUUUGGGCAUUUGAUAACCUUUAUGGUAUACUGUAAUAGUAACCUAUUCAAGGAGGUCAACUUUUAAGAGGUGGGGAGGUAGGAUCCUAGAGUUAAAAAGACCCCUUGCUAAGUAGAUUUGAUUUCCAAACUCAUGAAGUUAUCUGUUUGAGGCCUUAGCCAAAGAAGCUCAUCAUAGGAUCAGUUAUUUUAGUCUCACAUUUUUUAACUGAAGACUUGAUUUUUAAUCUGAUUGGCCUUUUUACCAUCAUGAUAUUGAGCUUUGAAGUGUUUGUGUUUAAAAAAAAAAGAAAAGAAUUAUGGUUCAGGGUGUGUUGAAAAAUCACUGCUUCCACAUUUUUUAAUUCUGGACCAUAACCCUGCACAAAAAUAAUUUUUAGAGGCUUUCCCUUAAAUUUCCUCAUUGCCAGAGAGGUCUCUGUAAUUCAGUAGUCAGAAUAUCAAAAUAUGCCAACUAGUGAUUCGUAUUUAUAAGGAUAUUAGUGAAACAUCUUUAACAAAAACACAACUUCGUUUUCCCCUUUGCAACUUUAGCCAUCAUAACUUGUUUAAUUUUCCAAAUAAUUUCUAGUUAUCCAGCUCCUGGGAUAAACUCUCAAAACUCAACAUUACUUCACAGCUGCUGUUAGAGACUAGUAACUUUGGGACAAAAGAAGGUCACUGCCUUUAAAUUGUACAGUAGGGAGUGAUGGAAAGCAGUUUUUAGUCAACAGAAACAGGCUUCCCACCCCAACCAUCCUCUGGUCAGGUCAAGAACAAGCAGAACAUAUACCAAGAUGCGGAUGGGGGCAGUGGGAGAACAAGUGUUCCCUACCGUUGAUUGCUACUUUGGUCUUUUGUCAGCGGGCUGGAGAUCUGCCACCCUAGUGAGGAGCAGAGCCCAUCCAUACGGAGUACGUGUAAGGUACAGGCAAAGAGCUUGGGAGGGAGAGAGCCCAGAACCCUGAGGGCCUUGCAGAUAAACACCUCAUUCUGCUUUUCUUCUGUCUUCCUUGCCCAGAAGAUGGAGAUUGUAUAAAUAUGAGCAAGAAGUUGGAGAUUCUGUAAAUUAAGGUAUUGUACGUUCCCACAGUAGAAAAGCAAUUACUAUUAUGCCACCGGAGUGUUAAAUAACUACCUUGAUCCUCUAUCCUCUGGUCACCUGAGGCCCCUCGAGGGCAAAUGCUAUAAUAGCUAAAACUUGAAAAAGCUACCAGUCCUCUGGUCAGAAUACAGUGUUUUUUAAGGGCACAUAAAUGAAGGAAACUUGUAUCUAUAAACAUGCAGCUCAAGUUAGCGAUGCCUUUCCUGAGUACCCACCCUUCAAUCCUACCCCCUACAAGAUGUGUACAGAACUCUGUAUAUAGACAUGUUGAAAGUUACUGAGUUGAGGAAUGUAAAUAUUUUUGUAAAUGGAGACAUUUUCCCCUCCUAGUUUUGAUUUCCCUCUUUCCUUUCCCCCUUCGUCCUAUUUAUUCACUUAUUGUACUACAGGGCAUGGGAGUUUUUUUAAUCUAGAAAAAUGUGAGAUAGUCUUAGCUGAAUUUUUCCAUAUACUUUAAGCUUUCUGUUCUGCAUCCUUACUAUAGAACUUCAGCUGUUUUCGUGUCUUAAUAUAUUUUUAAACAUGCCUGUUUUGCAUUUUUGUUCCAAAAUUUAUACUGUGCAAUGCAUUGGGGGUGGGGGGGGGUGGACUCGUGCAAUUUCUGAUACUGUCAUCGUGUGACUAUUUAUGCUCCUUUAUGUUGAUCUUUUGAUGCCAUUAUGAGCUUUGAUUCACUCUAUCGCAGACGUCAUUUUAAGCUCCUCUGCCUUCUUUGGUGCAUUUUGGAGUGUUCAAACUUCAUUCCUAAGCAAAUUAGGCUUAUUCCUCCAGCCCUUCCACUUAAGACCCUAGAUUCCGUUUUUAUAUCCCCAAAGUGCAGCAAUUGAAGGAAAAGGUUGCUGCUUUAAAAACCAUGCAUGAUCCUUUUGUCAUCACCAUCCUCUUCUAUUUCUUUAGGAAGCCUCCACAAUCAACACUUUAGACCCUGUGAGUAGUAGGCAGGAAUUGGUGAUCACCUUUUAUCUGUUUGUAUAUGUAGACAUGUGUGUUAAUUUUUAAACAGUUGAGCUGACAAUAAAGUUUGAGUUUUUUGAGAGGCCAAGGGCCAGGACCUGUUGUAUGUAGUAGCAUAUUAUUGUGCUGUACAGCUGUACAUACUAGAGAGAAGCCUUAAAUUCAUGAUUUUAAGUGGAUUGGUAUAUCGAAGAAUGGAGUGGUAAGCCGUUUGAGGCUGUGUUAGGCAUUUCACCUAAUGGACUUAGGAACAAAUUUAUAACCUCAUUUGGGCGGAAAUGGAGACAUUUAGCAUCACCAACCCAAAAAAAAAAAUCUAAAACUGGCUGUUUGUUUUUUGACAUUUUGGAAUCCUUAAGAGUUUGUCCAUGUGUGCACAUGUGCUCACACACAAGAGAGAAGCAAUGUAUUGUUGUUUGGUCUUCCAUAGCAAAGGCUAUCACAGAACAGGGGUGAAUUCGGGCAGUGUAGGAUAGGAAACCCCCCUCAGUAUAACUGCUAGCCUACAUCUGGGGGAAUUGGGAGGAGAUGAAAAGAAAUUACCGCCUUAGAAGCAAAACAAGCCCAGGUACCUACAUAACAUUUUUUCCUGGAAAGAAAAUAAGUUUAGCUGUUGUUACUGUGUGGCUAGCAAGGGCUUUCAUUCAUGGCUGGAUUUGAAGUGCAACGUUGAAUCACAGGUAGUUUUCCUAAAUAUCACAAGUCGGGAAGUAGAUGUACUUUCCAUCUCUUGUGAUAUUUAGGAAAGCUAUCUGUUUCAACAAGUUUAGGCUACUCUUUUUAUUUGAUAAAAUCCUUUUACAAAUACCUCCAGUGCCUGACCUUGUUUGAACACAUCUUCCUGCUCCCUGACUCUGCCUUCCACCUACAGUAAAGUUGAAAUCUUGUGUUUGUAGCAUCAUAAAUCACAUUUGUGGCAAUGUCUGACACCACAACCUGCAGCACACUCUGUACCUUAACUGCAGAAUCAAGCAAAGAGGAGACUUAGAGAGUGAGAAAAGACAUCAUCAUUUGAGUUGUCUUAGAGAAGAGUGGGAAGGGCAGGAAACCAAAUUCCUCACAAAUUCAGGGGUGUCUGCAGCCUAGGGAGCUUUUCACUCCUAAACUUCUGGUGCCGAUGUGAAGUGCCCUGAGGCCUCUGGGCCCCUGCUUACCCAGAGGAAACCUUUCUAGCCAAAAUGCACCCUGGGCAAUUUCGGGGCAGCACUUCUUUUGAUAGUAUUCUGGCACUGAAGAAGAUAAAGAAGCUUGAACUAUCGAUAUUUCAUCUUUCUGACCUUGGCUUUUCUGGGCAGAGAGAACUUUUCACGAGGUACAUCACAUUCUAUUUGUUGUGAGCAAAACCAUCCACCUUACUGGUUUAUGAUGAAAUGGCUAAGCUACUGAUCCUUCUCAAUGACCACUUGUAUCUACCAUCAGCCAUGAGAGGUGGGAAAGAGGUACAUUGUAUCUCUGCAAUAAGACUUGCUGUGGUUCUACCUCGAGCAAAGGAUCCUUUUCAUGUAGGCACAGAACCUCCUUAUGAUUCCGAAAUGGUGCAUCUUGAGAUGGCGGGAUGGAUUCCAAAGACAACUUUCCAACCAAGGCAGAUUGUGAAUUUUGCUGACUUAUCAUUUUGGUGGUUUGUUGUUACUGGGGUUUGGUUUGGUUUUGUUUUGAAUCACCCUUUUUAUAUUUCUACUCUGUUUUUGGAAUCUGCCGUGUAAAGAUUCUCACUGUCUUGGUCAUGCUGCACUGCUCCAUGCAACUUUCUCGUGGUGAAACAGUUCUCUGAGUGUCCAGAAUCUGCUGUUUGCACCAUUUUGGUUUUUAACUUGACAAAAUUGGAAUCUCAUGCAAUAAAAAAAUGUACUGGAUGCAUUUAGCAGGGUUUUUACUUGUAAAGUGAAAAAGAUCAACAGUGGGACAUUAUGGAAAUCUGUAUUUAGUUUUUUGUUGGGGGCUUUUUUGUUUUGGGGCUUUUUUUGUAAAAUGAUUAAAUUAAACUGGCUAAUACUCUGGA